AUGAAGCUGGUUCCAUUUAUAAGACAAAAUUUAUCAAGAAGUAUUAGGAAGUCACAACUACAAUAUAAUUUUUUCAGAAAUUAUGUAACAAGAUCCGAAUUUGAUUCUCCGUUUGAUUACGUACCGAAACGUACUAAACCAUUUAUCCGUUGGAAGACAACAGGUGUAUUUUUUGUAAUUGGGGCGUUUCUAGCAUAUAACGAGACUCUUUUUGACUAUUAUGCUUCCUUUACUGAUACGCAAAAUGUAGAUGAAUUAACGCCGUUGAGAUUGGAGUAUGAAUUAAAACACAUGCCUAUAUAUGAAAGAUUGGCACAUCCAAGGAAGAACGAAAAUUGGAUCAAAUUAGAAUCCUGGGAGAAUUUGGACAGAAAUGUUUUAGAUAACCAGAAUGUUAUUACUAAAACCAAGAAACAAAAAGAAUAUAGUAAGCCGUCACUUCCUACAAAGACAUUAGCUCAGCCAGGAGGGAUAUGUAUCAGGCCUGUCAUUUUUUACAAUCUCGACACAGGAGAAGGAGUUACUAUUGUCCACGCUGGUUAUAGGCUAUGUGGAUAUCCGUUCAUUGUUCAUGGUGGAAUUCUUGCCACUCUUUUGAAUGAAACUUUUAAAAGAAAUGCAUCAUUGAGCAAUUUCACUACCUCCAAUUUGAAGGAUGAUUUCAAGGUUGAAAACUUAUCAAUAUCAUAUAAGUAUCCAUCGUUUGCUAAUCAAUUUUUGAUUAUUAAAACUAGAAGAAAAGAAAGUAUUGGCAAUGAUGACAAUAAAACCAUAACGUUGGAAAGUGUAAUUGAAUCACAGAAAGGUCAGGUUUGUGUGAAGGGUGAGGCCGUAUUACACGAUACAGGCCGGGCAACAAAUAUUAUGAAUCAAGAACAGGCGAAAAAUAAAAAAUGGUUCCUGUUAUAA